GAAUUGUUCGGGGCCCAUCCGUCUGCGAAAUUCAUACGCACAGUCAGGCCUACGGAAAAUUGGUACCAGAGCACACUCUACAUAAUCUACGGCACAGGGACCUUCCCGAUGUACCACUUGUCCAAAUUGCUGCACCCGCGCUCACAGCAGAUCAAAGCUAUUUCGAGGCGAAUAUGGGAUAACUUCUUCCGCGGCCGCUUCGUUAGCGACGGCAGACAGAUAUAUGAAGAACACAACCAGCUCUGCCGGGAUAUAAUCCCCAAAGAGCAACUGCUUGAAUUCAGCGUCGAGCAAGGAUGGGACCCUCUCUGUCUAUUACUGGGACGGCCUAUCCCUGUGAGCAGGGGUAUAAUUUCGUGA